UCUGUUCACAUCAUCAUCAUGCUGUGGGGGCUUCUGAUUAUCACAUUACUUGACUCGAUGAAAGUGACUCUGGCCACCAAGUGGUACUCCGGGGGCCUGGACUUCAAGGAUCCCUCUGCCUGGAUAGAUGGCUACAUGCCUUGUAACCGAGAUCUGGUGGUUUUCCCAUCAAACUAUCCCGCCCUGCUGCCUUUGCCCGAGGAACUAUCCAUUGAAGGUUUGGUUUUCCCCAGAAACGGGGCCAUUCUUCUGGCCGAAGAAUCAACCAUAACUUUUGGUUCCACGGACAAUUCCCGUUGCAAAACGGAACACACAAAGGUGGCUCUCCUUAGGGAGCCCAAAUCGAGCAAAUGGUUUGAUCCCGGCACCUGGAGGACGGACAAGGCUGGCGAAGUGUCUGCCUCAGUGCCAGAGCUCGAGCGGAUUCCCUGUGACAAUGAGCAAGUCAUAAUCAAGGGCCACGGCCCCCUGGCCUUUGACCUGGAGAAUGUGGAGUACCUGAGGCUGGGACAGCUCAUACUGGCCGGCUCAUCGGUGUCGAAACUCUACUUGGAGCAACUGCUGACCAGGGAUUUGGGGCGAUACCUCUUCCACAAUGCCCAGGACGUGCAGGUGGAGUACUACAGAGGAGAACUGUGCGGCUGCCACAAGGAUUUCGACCAACUGGUGGAGCCUGUUUGCCACAAUGUCCAGGAACAGUGUGAGGUCCCGCACUGCCUGUCGCCAGUACGUCCCCUGGGCUCCUGUUGCCUCAUUUGUGGGGCCAUCAUCUCGACGCCCACCAGCCACUGCUCCGAAGGGGAUAAGAAACAGAUCACGGACGAGAUAAACGAGCUCAUCGCCAAGCAGGGUCUGGAGGAUCAGAUCCAACUCCACGUAGAGUUCGUGGGCUCUCGGCAGUUUGGAAACCACCUGCAGGCCGUGGUCACGGAUCGUCAUGGCUACAGCGAGCGCAGUCUGGAGUUCCUGGAGUCUCUGAUGAAGGCUGAUAAAAAGUCCCAUGUUACCCUGAAGGUCUCCGGACGCCCCUACAAUCCGAACGUGAGCUUCUCGUCCAUUCUCCUGAUUCUCUUCUGCAUGGCUCUGGUAGGCCUGGUCUCGGUUAUCAUCCUGGCCCACUAUAUGCCGGAGAAUCCCUACCUGAACCGCAUACCCCACUGGAUCCACGACCCCAGGCGUUGGAGAUGGCGGCACUUGGGCGUGCGACUGCGCCGGAAUCUGCUAUUCAACCGCUUUGAGAACACAGUGCCUGGCGGUGCUGGUGGCGAGGGCUCUCAUGAAGACGGCACAUCUGGUGUGGAUCGCUUGGGGAUUAUGGCCUAUGACCCGGAGAGCGGAGAAGUGAGGGAACGGGCCUUCGAUAAUCCCAUGUUCGAGCAGGCAGCAGCCAUGGAAGAAGCUGAUAGGGAGGCCGAGGAACAGCCAGUGGAUAUUGCGGGUGCCCCUCGCAUGGAGACUGGUGACCUGGGCGCCCCUAGUGUCCUGGAGGAUGACCAAGAGCUCACGGAAAUAAAUCUAGAGUCCGGUGGCGUUGAUAGCGAUGGCGAAGUGGAGACCAUAGAAUAAACCGGGAGGUGUCCUUUGAUUCAAGGUGAAAAUGUCGCUGCUUGGCUUGUACAUUGCAGGUAGAGCGUGGCAGAUAUUCGUUGGAUUUUUUGUAUAGCAGUUAAAUGCUAGUAAACUCUCGUAAGAAAUAUACUUACCAUUUAUUUCUA